AUGGAUGUGGAGAAGAAACUUAUUGAAGAAAUAAGGAAGUUUCCUGUAGUUUAUGACCAGUCGAAUGACAAAUAUCGGAAUACAGAAUACAAGGAGAAAGUGUGGAAGAAAAUUGCUGACAAUUUGGAGCUUGGAGGAGGCGGCCCUGGCUGCCUGCCGCCACACGGACGCUCGGUAGUGGGUGACUCAUCCACUUCCAUCCACCACCACUCUGGCAAGUGUGUUGCAUUCCGGAAGUAUAAAUACGAAGAUAUUCUUUCAUUCCUGGUACCUUUUCUUGGAGAACGAGAAGGAAUCACCAAUGUGUUCUCACAACAAAAUGAGGAGGAAGUAAAUGAGCAGGAGCUUGUUGAAGAAAAAAACCUUGAAGAAAAUACUCAUGAACAACCAACAAGUGAAGAUGAAAACACUAAUAUCGCCCAAAACACCAUCAUCAAGUACUGCAUUGGAAGAUAA